AUGCGGCGCAGCAUGAUGACCACACGGGGGUUUCACGCCCCACGGCCCAGCGGUAGCCACGAGCCACUAGCAGACAACACUGUCUCGUCAUCAAACUCAGCUGCCCCACCCCCACCAUCCGUAUCGACGUCUUGCAAGGCGUCAGCACGCGGUUCAGCUACAGCGGGGGUCUCCUCUUCUCCCCGGCGUAGGAGCAGUGAUGGCGGCAGGAAGACGUCUGCCACCACCGCUGCUACAGGUGACACUGCUGUUGGUCCUGUUAACACCACGAUCAGUCCGAAGGGCGGCUGCUUCUCAUCCCUCCAGGCGCCACGCGGACUGCUGAGCGGCCACUUCAGUGCUAAUCAUCGGCGGCGCAUAUCACGGCGAGAUGCUCAAGCUAUACCGCCUGCUAGUGCGAGCACCGCCGCAACCGCAGCGAGAGUCCCAGCAGAUACCACUACAGUAGUCACAGCAGCUGCAGAACACGCGGCCGUGCCCACGAGCAGAGAUGAUAGAGCCGCCACGCUUGGCAGUGGUGACACGUCUCUGCGGUGCAAGCGGCCUCGCUCACCCUUCCUCGACGACUCCGAUGUCGGUGGUACACACGACGGAGACGAAGCGACGAGCCCACGCAGCCGUGCGACUUCUACUCGAAGCAACAGCGUGGGAGACAAGAGCGACGACGCCACGUCGCUGGCACAGCUGCGCAUUUCACGGCUUCCUACUGCGCGGCGCUUUUCCACCUCGCACACCCCUCGGACCGUCUUCUACCCUCCCUCUUCAGAGCGGCCUGUGGAGUUCUUGCGGAGCUCACACGAUGCUGAUGGUGACGGCACCAUGGGUGCCCCUGAAUCUGUGCUGGAGCCGAGAGUGUCAAGUGCGCCCCUCGCUGCUGGCGUCCACGUGACCUCUGAGCACACAUUGCACGUACAUCCUUGGGGCUCAGAGACCGCUGUUCUAGGGGGGACUGGCGCGGGCGACGCACUCACACUGGCGCCGACCACGGGCACUCUGUGGGUCCCUGGGUCCAACCCAGCAGUGUGCGUGGACAGGGAGCAGUGCAGCAGCACCACCCCAGUGUCAGAGCACCCCAUGACUCCCUUGUCUGCAGUGAUGACCGCACCGAGAACAACGCCAUCGUCAACGCAGUCUGGAGAGCGCUUUUUGUCGGUAUUGCAGUGCCAGCGACGCAACGACGCCACGGCGCUCACCACCGUCCCUCCCUCGCUACCUUCACUGUCGCUGCCGUACCGAUCGUCAUGCUGCACCAGUGCAUCUCAGCUGGUCUCAUCGGCUCCGCCUGCCGUGCCGAGCAUAUCAAAGGCCGCACCAUCUGCUCCUCCAUCACUCUCCCUGCCACUGCUGCCCUGCGGCCCCACCUCUCCAUUGCCCGCGGUGCCGCAGCUCCGUGUGUGCAAUUUUGACGCACCGUCUUUCUCUUCCCCGCGUCUCGAGCGUGCCGUGCCGCUUCCAUCGCCGUCGUUUGUCGGCGGUACUCUGUCGCCUGCAAUCGGCUUGAUGCCGGGACAGGCGGGGACCUUUGCCGCUGCUGCAGCUGCUGGCGGAAGCGAGCAUCAGUCGCUGUUGUCUCUGGCACCGCCAGCCUCCGUGCUCGACAAGCUGACGUGUGUGCCACAGCAGCAGGAGCAACAAGCGCCGAUGAUCCCCUUUUAUGCACUCGCUGCUGCGGAGGAAGCCGAGAGAGAGGAGUGCGACGAGGUGCUUGAGCGUGAGAUGGUCGAGGAUCUGCGCAUGUCCACGGAUAUUGCCUUCACCCCGUCCGUCACCGGUAGUGGCGCCCCGCCGCUCUUUUCGCAGUCGUCCAUGAUCCAAGAGGAAGAGGAGCAAGCGACGGAGGAGGGCGGUGAGGCGGCGGUAUGUAUGAUGAGAGGCCGUGCUGUGGUGGCGGAGCGUGCAGACGACAAUAGCGGGCUACACUCUGGCUUAAUGUUAAGCGGCCAGGAGGGAGACGCAUGCCCUGUCUUCCGUUCCCAAGACGAUGCAGCUGGGCAGCUGAUCGCUGGGUCACCGUUGUCUCCGCGCCCUGUAGUUACAGGAACGUUCGACCAACAUGCAUUGCUCAGCUGUGGCGGCUGCGGCGGUGGCACUUCUGCAACUGAUUUGAGUGGCGUGACCCCACUGAGCUCGUCGGCAGGGAUGUUCAGUCCCUUCACCGGCCCGCCGUCUGCGCUGUCGACGUGGCCGAUUCGUGAGGCCACACCGCCACGUUUUCCAGCGGUGUCUGCGUCUGGCGCAGGACUGCUGCCGCUCAGCGCUGCGGCUUCUGGCGGGAGUGGAGACCUGGGCGUUGAGGGGUUGGGACGUGGACGUCAUCGCACGAUGUUUUCGUUUAGCUCGCUGCGUGCUGGCACCGCAGCUGCUUCACCACUACCCGGUCCCCUUGCUGUGCCGCCGGCAUGCUUGCUGCAAUCACCAGUAGAGACGGCAGCGGAUGGACUGCGUGCGAACUCUCGAGAUGUCGUCGUCCCUGCGGCUGAGCGUGCUACACCAGCAGUCCGCUUGCCGUCCUCGGAAGCCUGUACUACAGCGCAACCACCUGAUCAGCGGCUGCCGCUGACGUUGGAGGCGGCGCGUGUGAGCACUCCGCGCGAUUCUCUGCCGCUGCUGGUGGUCUGUGCAGGUGCAAAGGGCGAGGAGUGCAUUGCUCAGGGUGCUUCCCCUACAGGGAUUGUGGCACCAACCUCGACGCCGCUUCCGUGGAGCGACACGCUGGCCCCUGCGACUGGAUUCCCGACUCUAUCGUCGUCUUGCAGCACGGUGCCUCCCCUCUCCGACUCGUACGCCGCUGCACUGCCGUGCCUUGCCGCUGCUUCCGGCAGCAGUAGCGCCACUGCUUUGCCGGCACGCCCUGGCCGCACGUGUUUCACGCUGCACUCCGUUGAGUCAGUGACAGCGACAUCUUCUUUCUCUGCCACCGCCACCGCAGUAGCAAAGCCAACGACUGCGGCAGCGGUCGCGUUUACUGGCGCGGUGCCACCAGGGCACACAGAGGCGGCCUAUCUACCAAGCGUGAGCUGUUCCACCGGGAGCUACUCUGCCGAGCUGCAGCAGCUGCCGAGACGCUGUUCUGUGCCACCGCGGGGAACAGCGGUACUGGCGGACUCUGCGGAGGGUGCGACUGACGCGACACCAAGCGGUGCGACAAGAGUGCUCAGCUCUAUGGAGAGCAGUGAUACAACUGUGUGUGCUCAGAAGUCUGUUACUAAGGCACAUCCGAUGUUGCUUCGGCCAAUGGACUCAGUGCCCGCAACGGUGGCUGUGCACCGCACGCCGUCAGCUUCCACAAGUGAGGAGGCAAUGGGGAAUCGAGGAAAUUUCACGCUUCAGCAGUCACAACUACCGCUGCCAACGGCCGCGGUGACGGAGCGGCAGCAGCUGUGGUCGUCGUACAACAACAACCACCCUCCCGCCUCGUUCACCGUCACUACUGUGUCACCGUUCGUGGAUCGCAUGAACGCUGAAGUACCCAGUGCGAUGGCGCCUCAGUCCGCAGAGGCACCGACGGUACACGACGAGACAGCGCAGUCCCACCUAAGAGAGAGUAAGGGGAUGCUGUUUUCCUCGCCCCUUUCGCCAUCGCAACUGCCUUCGCUUUCCCUCCCGCGACCCACCGCCGCCGCAGACGACCCGGCGGAGCUCUUCUACGAUUUACCACGUGAGGUGGGCCACUUCUACGCAACGCGGCGCAGCAUCACAUCGCUGUACGACUGGCAGCACGACUUGCUCACACUCCCCGAAGUUCGGCAGGGCGGCAGCUUUGUCUACAGUCUCCCCACCAGCGGUGGCAAGUCACUGGUCGCCGAGCUGAGCCUCCUGCGGUGUGUGCUGAACCGCCGCAAGUCGUGCUUUCUCGUCCUGCCCUUUGUAUCACUGGCGGAGGAGAAGACGAUGGCGCUGCAGCCACUGACGGCUGCAUUCGACUUCAACGUGGAUGGCCACUACGGCAGCUCCGGUCGCUUUCCGCUUUGCCAGGCCCCUGCCAUUUACGUCUGCACGAUCGAAAAGGCAAACUCGUUGCUGAAUCACAUGCUCGAGGAAGGCCGUACAGAGGAGAUUGGGGCAGUGGUGGUGGACGAGCUGCACAUGGUCGGCGAGCCUCGGCGAGGCGGGACACUGGAGCUGUUUCUUUCCAAGGUGCUCGUGAUCAACGCGAUGCGGCAGCGGCAGCGUGACUUCGUGGCUGCACCAGCGUCGCAGGGGCGUCAGAGUGCGUGCGAUACGGCGCCAGGUCGGCCGGAAGAGUUGGAAGGCGUCGAGGAGAACUUGCAUGAGACGGCGGUCCUGACGGGCAUAUCGAGGGCGGCUGUAGAUCCCGGCCCUCUGCAGAUCAUUGGCAUGAGCGCCACAGUCCCCAACCUCCGCACCAUUGCUGAGUGGCUCCGUGCGGUGUGUUUUGAGUGCAACUUCCGCCCCGUGCCGCUGCGCGCCUACAGCGUCGUUUGCGGCCUCGUGCUACGCGAUGGUCAUCACAACGAGCGCAACCUCAGCGGCAGCUCCACCACGCAACAUCUUCUGGAGCUCGCGACGGAGGUGCCGGAUGCGUCGGUCCUGAUUUUCUGCGCAAGUCGUCAGCAGUGCGUUGACACUGCGAGGGGCAUCGUCAACUACCUCAAGGCUCAGGCCAUUGCCAGCCAAAAGAUGCCGUCCGCGGUGAUGGCAGGUUGUAGCGAUGUGACGGUGGAGGCACAACACGUCUCUGCUCUCGGCGUACCUUUCUCAAGCUUAAUGAAAGGACAGGCCCCAGCGGCUGCGGUGGCAGCGGUGCCGCCUCAGGCCUCGCCUGCGAUCAAAAGCCUCCUUGCGGACCUCGAGGCCCUCACGCACUACGAAGCCUCACAGCUCAGCGAGGUGAUUCCCUUCGGGGUGGCGUUUCACCACGGCGGUCUCCUUGCCGAGGAGCGUGACCUCAUCGAGACGGCGUUCCGCCGCAAUCAUAUCCGCAUCCUGUGCUGCACCUCUACGCUGGCGGCUGGUGUGAACCUGCCUGCGAGGCGGGUGAUCAUCAAAACACCGUACGUUGGCCGCGAGUUUCUCACGAAGUCGCGCUACCUGCAGAUGUGCGGUCGUGCCGGUCGAGCUGGGUCGAACACGUACGGUGAGUCGUUCCUGCUGCUGAGUAGUCGUGAUCAGGCGCGCGGCCACGCUCUCAUGCACGCCUGCGUGGAGCCAUGCUGCAGCCAGCUCCUGGAAGACAACCAAACGUUCACCCGCUCGCUGCUUGAGUGCGUUGGAGUCGGGCUGGUGGUGGACCGUCAAAGCGCCUGCCAGUGGAGUGAGUCACUGCUGAGCAGGUGGGCGGUGGGGCCGGUGGACACGGUGUGGCAGCCGUUCAUCGCUGCAGCUGCCACCUCAUCUGCGUCCGCGAGCUCUAAAGGCGCCUCUCCCACAGCGGCCGCGAAUGGCAUGCGCGGAAGUGCCGCUGAUCUUUUCCACGCUUCACAACUUGUCUAUGACGAUGACAAUGUUGCUGCACAGAGCUCAGAGGGCAGCCGGUCGGCGCCUGCGCCUCCUGCCCCACUCCCCUCCCAGUCCGCCUCGCCAUCUCUUCCGUCUCUGCCGUGCGUGCCGCCGGCUGCCAUGAACGCGAUGGUACGCGCCUCGCUAGCCACACUUGCACGUUGCGGCUUCAUCCGCAUCGUUGAUGCACGCAGCGACAGCAGCAGCGGCAGCGGCAACGACAUCCGCUCAGUCACCGACACUCGCGCGGAUGGCAGUGGCAGUACUGCUACUGGUGCGGCAGCUGAAAAGACCAGCGGUUCCGCAUCGAGUGCCGCUCUCGAGGCGUUGCUGAGCCGCGUAUUCGACGACAGCCAUGCAGAUGCUUCAGCAGAGACGCACAACGCCUGCCACGUGCAGGUGCUUGUGACACCGUUCGGUAGCUCAUCUGUUCGCUCAUGCUUUAGUAUAGAGGAAGCUCUGCUGCUGCGCGACGAGCUAGACGAGUUAUGCCACACCGGUCUCAUCCUCUCUGACGACCUGCACCUUUGCUACUUCCUCACGCCUCUGCGGGAGGUGGGGAAGUGCGACUGGGAGUUACUGCGGCUCAUGAUGUCCCGCAUGAGUGACAGUCGUCAGCGCAUUGCGAGCCUGCUCGGGGUCGAUGCCUUCUUUGUCGACCAGCAAGCGAUGGGCCUUGGCGGUCCACUGGAGGCCACCGACGAGGGUCGACGGCGCCUUUUCACGGCAAAGCGGUUCUACGUGGCGCUGAUGCUGGCGGAUGUGCUGGCUGAGGUGCCAAUGGCAACGGUAGAGCAGCGGUAUGAUGUGAGCCGCGGGCAGCUACAGAACCUGAUGCGCUCCGCUUCGAUGUUCAGCAGCUCCAUCACGAGUUUUUGCCAUGCGAUGGAGUGGUUUUCACUGGAGGCGGUGCUCUCGUCUUUUGUCAAGCGACUUGGCUUCGGUGUGAAGCCGGACUUGCUGCCGCUGAUGGAGGUACGUGGGAUGCAGCCACCACGGGCGAGGGCGCUGUGGAACGCCGGCUUCAAGAGGCUCGCUACAAUUGCGGCGGCCGACGCGGAGGACAUGGUGUCAAAGGUGAAGGCGAUGAACCCAAAGGACAGCAAGACGGCGAAAUUUUUUACGAAGCGCUCGGCGUUGAUGACUAUUAGGGAAGCGAACCUCGCCUUGCAGUCGCAAAUCCAAGAGAAGAAGGGCGAGCUGCAGGAGCUGGCGGUUCGUUGGGGCGGUGGCGGAGUUGGCCUUCGUGGUGUGCGCUGA